UCGCACGUGAUUAUGAAUCACUGGUCUUCAGGAUGAAGAAAAAAGCAGGGACACAUGCGACACAAAUAACUAACGAGCGCUUCUCGGUGUGUUUUGCCACCACAAAGCAGUGCCUGGUGUCAUUCCACUGCAGUGAACGGUCGCUGGUCGUGCAGGAAGAAAACACGCUGUGGAUCCGCUGCUCACAAACUUGGUUUGAAAAAGAGCCCCGCCCUCCCCCUGCCUCUCCUGGAGCCUUAUAACCAGAUGCCUGUUCUUCAGACUCGCAUACCCAAGAAAGGCACCGGACUUGAGCGCAGUUACGACCCCGGAGAGCAGGCAGAGAACAACCUGACGGAAUAUACGCGGUUCGCAUUCGUUUGCUUUCCUUCGAGAGAAACGUCUUUGGCUGAGCGGAGAAGACAUGGAUUUUCUGAACCACAACUACUUGAGCGCGCGCACCCCCUACGAUUACACCUUCAAUUUUUGGAAUGACUAUCUCGGCCUCUCCACGCUGGUCACCAAGAACAACAAGCACAGCGUCCCCCAGAGCCCCAACUCCAUCACGGAGUCCCUGAAAGCCACUCUGGGCUUGGACGACAGCCCCCCGUGCCCGUGCGUAAUCGCGGCCGGCGGCGACGGCGGCGAUAGCGGAGGACACCUGGACUCCUGCUGCUGCCCCCCGCCCGCUUCCAUCUCCAUCCUGGACCUGAAGGAGCGCUUCUCCAUCCUGAGCCCCUUCCAGAACCAGAACCAGGGCACGGGAGGGCUGCUGUCCCCCUCCCAGGAGCGGGAGAUGGGCAUCGGAGGGAGCUUCGCGGGAUUUGAUCUGUUCGGCGUGGAGAGGAAGAUGAGGAAACCGGCGGCGCGCAAUAAGCAGGAGCCCAAGAUCUGCGUCUUCUGUCGGAAUAACGGCGCGCCGGAGGAGGUGUACGGCUCUCACGUCCUGAAAACCCCGGACGGGAGGGUGGUGUGCCCGAUCCUGAGGGCGUACACGUGCCCCCUAUGCAGUGCCAACGGGGACAACGCGCAUACAAUAAAAUACUGCCCUCUCUCCAAAGACCAGCCUGCCCAGAGAGUGCUGAAGGGAGGCAGAGCUGUGGGUGGUAAGCGAGUGAAAAUCUUCUAAAAAGACUCCUAUAGACUUACACGUAUUGCACUGAACAUUUUCUUUCAGAUGACUGUUCUGAUUGACUGGCUUUCCGAGUCUUAACUACUAGGCAAACAAAUAAGAUGAUAUCAAUGUUUUGUUAAACGGAAAAAAAAAAUCUCUUAUAUUUUUAUAGAUACUUUAUUUCCAUAGUUUAUUGCAUACUUUAUUCAUAAAAAGCUAUUUUUUUCUUUUUCACGCAUAGGUUUUAGAUGUUUAUUCACGAUUCAUAGUCACGUUUUGUGUGAGAUAAGAUGUUAUUUUUCUUUAAAAUGGGAAAAACGUGAAUGUUGGCACCAGAGGAGUUGCUCUUCUGUUCAACUCAAGUAUUUUCUUUACUGUAAGCUAAGCUUGCGCGUCGUUUUUUUGUCUUUAAACCAAAGUUUAUUUUGCCAUUAAGCGAUUUUAAAGAAUGUUCCACAUGUCUUCAUUUAUGAACUUUACUCCCGUUCCGCUCUCUCCCGAAAGUCCGCUCCGCGAUUUCCUGACGUCUGUCGGCGCGGACGCGCAGAGCAACACAAUAGAGGCUCUGUUGCGCGUUCAUGUUGUCAGCAUAACUUCAUAAUCGGCCAAAUUAUUUCCAACCCCACUGACAGAGCUGGGCAUUUUGCAUUGCGGAGUCCAUGUUACAGAUGUUACGUUACUAAUGCUAAGUGGAUUUCCAGCAGCUCCAGAAAGCGGUGUUGCUUAUUAGUGCGUAACAUGAAAGCUGUAAUGUAAAGUGUGACCGCAGGCUAUUCUUCUGUAUGAGGUGCCCUUUCAAUGUUUACACCCCAAGUAAGGGGAACACACACACUGGAGGAAAACAUAUAUAUAUAUAUAUAUAUAUAUAUAUAUAUAUAUAUAUAUAUAUAUAUAUAUAUAUAUAUAUAUAUAUAUAUAUAUAUCUAUGGGUGCCUCUCUUCAGCUCCAUACAAAGUUCACCUUCUCCACAUCCCGGGUGAGCGAAGGGGAAAAGGAGAGGUUUACGACAAACAAACAAAGGGUCCACGGUGGAAUAUAGCACGUAUGAAUGUUCUUAAUAAAAAAGCUUUUUGUAAAAACAAUGUAUUUGCCCCUUUUUGCAUUACGUACAAGAAUAAACCCCCUCCCCAAAAAAACAAGAACAAAAAAUGAUGCAAACAUAUUGUGAAUGUACAAUUUGACACUUGCAGGACUGCACAUUUCUGACAGUUAUGUUUACCAAAGGAAUUCAAUUUUAAUGAAGUAAGGAGCAUAGAUUUGCUGUAUUGUAAAUAAUUACCGAAAAAUGGAAAAGAAUUAAGUGAUGUCUAUUCAGUAUUUUACCAUUUAAAAGUGACUUCAGAGGGAUCUACCUCACCAAGAUUUUGUACUUACAUGUAAAAUGUCAACAGCAGUUUAUUAAUAUAGUGUACCAUUUAUAACAAGGGUUUAUAAUAGUAUUUUUGAUCUUUGUAUAACAUAAUUGUAUUUUUCUUUUCAGUGCAUUCUACGAACGAAAGUGAAAUCCCAAUAAGCUCUAAGCGUUGUUUGCUAAUAGGUGACAGCUGUACAUAGUAUUAAUGAUAAUGAUGAUGAUAUCAUGCAUUUUAAGUUGUUGUUCAAUGUGACGUUCUUGGUUCGUGAGAGAGAGACUGAGAAUCAAAUGUUGAAGACAUCAGCCAAUUUGCCACUUUUAACUGAGGUUUGUAAUUAAAUUAAAAGAGUAAAAAAAAAAAAAAAAAAAAGAAACACUGUUGGAUUUUCUUAUUUAUAUUUUGUCACAAUUUCCCUGUAUGCUGCUGUGCGGGAAUCAAAGAGUUGAAUUCGCUAGAUAAAUAAACAGCUUGUGAAACGGUUUAA